AUGCACGAUAAAUUAAAGAUAAUUAAUGUCAAGCACCUCGUGAGAAACAGGAGUGGUGGAAUCUGGAAGUUGCUGUGGAGUGUCACACUGGUGGCAGUGCUCUCCACGUGCCAGGUGCACGGGAAGAGCAAGAGAGCGAUUGAUGGUGAUUCAGGCGCACAAGCUCCAUUCGAGGGAUAUGUUUAUAAUCCCCCGCAGAAGCCUUUUCCUCUACCGCCUUCGCGACCAGAAGUGACACCACCCCCGUACAGGCCACCGGUGACGCAACCACCGUAUCAGCCACCAGUUACCCAGCCUCCGUACAGGCCUCCAGUUACUCAGCCACCGUACAGACCACCUGUAACUCAACCACCGUACAGGCCACCGGUAACUCAACCACCUUACAGGCCACCGGUAACUCAGCCUCCGUACCGGCCUCCGGUUACUCAACCACCGUACAGACCUCCAGUAACUCAGCCACCCUAUCAGCCUCCAGUUACUCAGCCGCCGUACAGGCCUCCAGUAACGCAACCACCGAAACCACCAGGAUACUCGUAUCCGAAACCAAAAGAGCCAUUUCCACCUGUAACUCAGCCUCCGGUAACUCAGCCACCGUAUAGGCCUCCAGUAACUCAACCUCCAUACAGGCCUCCAGUAACACAGCCACCAUAUCAGCCACCAGUCACUCAGCCUCCAUACAGGCCGCCAGUUACUCAACCACCAGUCACUCAACCUCCAUACAGGCCGCCAAUUACUCAACCACCAAUAACUCAGCCUCCAUACAGGCCGCCAGUUACUCAGCCUCCAUAUAGACCUCCGGUAACUCAGCCUCCAUAUAGGCCGCCAGUUACUCAGCCUCCAUACAGACCGCCAGUCACUCAGCCACCAGUAACUCAGCCUCCAUACAGACCGCCAGUAACGCAGCCUCCAUACAGGCCUCCGGUAACUCAGCCUCCAUACAGGCCGCCAGUAACUCAGCCUCCGUAUAGACCUCCAGUCACUCAACCACCUAAGCAACCCGGAUAUUCAUAUCCAAAACCAGACGAGUCCUUCCCAACGCCAACAAGGGUGCCUCCACAGACUACCCCCAGGCCAACUGUGCCCUUCGGAGAACGCACUACGCUGAGACCAACCACACCAAGACCAUCGCCUCCUACAACACCGAGGCCGGUUCAGAGCACAACGUACUAUUAUCCAAAACCGGAUCAACCUUUUCCCCCGACCGGCAGACCUCCAGUAAAAACUCCACCUCCAUUCACAACACCUGAAUAUAUUCCUCCAUCACCUCAGACCAGACCUCCCCCUACUAGACCUCCACCAACAACUCCUGAAUAUAUUCCUCCGACCCGAACAACCCCACGACCACCACCUCAGACUAGACCUCCACCAACCAGACCUCCUCCCACUAGACCCCCACCAACAACUCCUGAAUAUAUUCCUCCGACCCGAACAACCCCACGGCCACCACCUCAGACAAGGCCUCCACCUCCUCCGACUACCACGAGAAGACCUUCACCACCCCCAACGAGACCUCACUUCGAUACACCAAAAACAAAUCCACCAAAGUACCUACCACCGGUAGAAGUUACUACAAGGCCUCCGCCACCUCCAACGAGAAGACCUCCACCACCACCAGUAACUAGGACUCCUCCACCGCCACCUCCACCAACACCUCCACCUCCACCACCAACGAGACCACCACCUCCUCCACCUACGAGACCUCCACCGCCUCCACCAACGAGAAGACCAGUCUCAACCUCUCCACCAGAAUACCUGCCACCCCCAACAACCAGAAAUCCCUUCAUCCCUCCCCAAACCACCAGACCACCUGUCGUUCCCCCUCAAACAACGAGAACACCUUACACCCCUUCUCAAACAACAGCCCGUCCACCCCCCGUAACCUCAAGAACAACAUACGUUUCUCCUCCAACUCAACCAACUCGUCAACCUGAAACCAGACCACCCCCAUACCUUCCACCAUCCUCCCCAAGACCCACGUACCAAACCAUUCGUCCCCCUCCCUUCCCAACCCCAAUCUACAGCAUAACCCCGAGUACAUCAACCUAUCGUCCACCCCCAACCGGUCGACCAGGACCACCACCAACCCUCCCACCCCCCACAUCGAGACCAAUCGGAUACAACUACCCAAUCCCUGAAAUCUCCUUCGAUUUUCGUAAACGUUAGUACCUAGAUUUAUAUUAAGAAUAAUAAAAAAUCGUACAAUUGGCUAACGAGAAAAAAAAUUGAUAGUUUUUUAUCUUGAGGCUUAAAUUUACGAAUGUAAAUCGCCCGAAAAUGCUCACAUCUACUCAACGCCUGAAAACGCUGUACCAAUUUUAUCUUUUAGAAAGAGAAAAUGUUGCGUGAAGAUGUAAUUAUCGCAAGGUAAAAUA